AAAGUGCUGGAUUGAGACUGACUGAUGGAAAAUGCUGGAUUGAGACUCAUUCCUUCACAGACAAGAAACAGCAAAGUCUAGCUUCCUUUCAUGCCGUCACUUCUGCAUUGCAUCCUUCCUUUAGACAAGCCUGAGUGGGGGGUAAUAAGCACAUCAGCCUCUAAAGGCCAGUGCAUUUACCCAGCCCCUCUCUGAAAUAGCAUGUCAUAGCUCCUCUUUGGAGUUGGAAGAUGAAGCAAUAAUUCUACCCCAAGUGUGAGUGGUACAACUGUCUUUUGGGAGUUUAAAGAGCCUUUUCUGAAAGGCUAGUGAAGUCCAGAUGUCUCAUAGCUUUUGUGAUCUUGUGAGUUUUAGAAGGAAAAUCUGUGAGGGAUAGGGCUAUGAAUCAUCCGUCUACCCCGUGUCCAUGAAGAAGAAAUAAAAACCCCAAUCCAAAAAGAAUCCAUUUAAUUCUGGAAUUUUCUGACCUAUUUUGGUGCAAGCCGGUCUAAAAAAAAAAAAAAUUAAACUACUCUCCUGAUGAGUUUCUCAUAUUGUUUACUUUUGUAACGUUCUCUGUGGACUAGCAGCCAGAAAUGACGUCCACCCCUCGUCCAGCAUCAGAGAAUAAGAACUUCAGAGGAAGGAAUGCAACUUCAUAAAUAGCAAACCACAGACACUAAUGGGGAGCAGAGGCAGACCUGCAGGUUAAAAAUUCGUUGCAAGAGAAGCCCAUACAUCCACGCUGCCUGAAGAUUCAAAGAUGAUUUCGGCUCUAGCAUUUGUUUUUCUCCUCAGCCUCUCUUGUCCUUUUUCAUCAUGUCAGCAGAGAAGAGUAGGAGGGGAAGUUGGGCCAGAAAUGCUGGAAGAGAUGAGAGAAACUAACCGUGUGCUGAUGGAAGUUCGAGACUUGUUGAAACAGCAGAUUAAGGAGAUAACAUUCCUGAAGAAUACAGUUAUGGAGUGUGAUGCCUGUGGCAUACACACGGAGGCGACAGGCCCUGUCAUCACCGUGACACAGUUUAACAGAUGCCUCCCAAACCCCUGCUUCCCUGGAGUGGCCUGCACUGAGACCGGCACUGGCUUCCGCUGCGGACCCUGUCCCCCAGGUUAUUCAGGCAACGGGUCCCACUGCACAGAUAUCAAUGAGUGCAACGCAAACCCCUGCUUCCCGAAGGUCCAGUGCAUUAACACCGCCCCUGGCUUCCGCUGUGAUCCCUGCCCUCCCGGCUUCACUGGGCAAAUGGUGGAAGGGGUUGGACUAGCUUACGCCAGGGCCAACAAACAGGUUUGUACUGACAUCAAUGAAUGCGAGACAGGUGGUGCCAGAAAUUGUGUCCCAAACUCCAUCUGCAUCAAUACACGGGGAUCCUACAAGUGCGGGGCUUGUAAACCUGGCUUUGUUGGGGAUCAAGUCAAUGGCUGCAAGAGCCAGGCAGUGAGACGUUGCCCUAACGGUGAAAUUAGUCCAUGCCACGAGAAAGCACAGUGCAUCGUGGAGCGCGACGGGUCCAUCUCCUGCGCGUGCCUCGUGGGGUGGGCAGGGAACGGCUACGUCUGCGGGAAGGAUACAGACAUUGAUGGAGUCCCUGAUGAGAAGCAACGCUGCUCUGACAAAAAGUGCCGCAAGGAUAACUGCGUGACUGUCCCCAACUCUGGCCAGGAGGAUGCAGACAGGGACGGAAUUGGAGAUGCUUGUGACGAUGAUGCUGACGGAGAUGGGAUAUUAAAUGCUGAGGACAACUGCGUGUACACACGCAACGCAGACCAGCGCAAUGCAGACAAGGACAACUUCGGCGAUGCCUGUGACAACUGUCGCCAAGUGAAGAACAACGAUCAACGGGACAUUGAUGGCGAUGGGAGGGGAGAUGAGUGUGACGAUGACAUGGAUGGAGACGGGAUCAAAAACCCCAUGGACAACUGUGUAAGAGUUCCCAACCCUAAUCAAAAAGAUAGCGACGGUGACGGAGUGGGAGAUGUGUGUGACAGCUGCCCAACAGUCAGUAACCCAGACCAGAAAGAUACCGAUCAUGAUCUCGUGGGAGAUGUCUGUGACACCAACCAGGACAGCGAUGGGGAUGGCCACCAAGAUUCACGGGAUAAUUGCCCAUCAGUGCCCAACAGCUCCCAGGUGGACACGGACAACGAUGGGCUGGGAGAUGAAUGUGACGAUGAUGAUGACGAUGAUGGGAUCCCAGAUGAGAAACCUCCAGGCCCCGACAACUGUCGGCUUGUCCCUAACCCUGGCCAAGAAGACUCGGACGGUGACGGCGUGGGAAACCUUUGUGAAGACGACUUUGACAGAGACAUGGUGAUUGACAGAAUUGAUGUGUGCCCAGAGAACGCAGAAGUGACACUAACGGACUUCAGGGCUUUCCAGACGGUUGUACUGGACCCCGAGGGCGAUGCACAGAUUGACCCCAACUGGAUUGUCCUCAACCAGGGCAUGGAAAUUGUCCAGACCAUGAACAGUGAUCCCGGCCUGGCUGUAGGGUACACGGCAUUCAACGGAGUGGACUUUGAGGGCACAUUCCAUGUCAACACUGCCACAGAUGACGAUUAUGCUGGCUUCAUCUUUGGCUACCAGGACAGUUCCAGCUUUUACGUGGUCAUGUGGAAGCAGAUGGAACAGACGUACUGGCAGGCAAACCCCUUCCGAGCGGUAGCGGAACCUGGGAUUCAACUGAAGGCUGUGAAGUCUAAAACAGGCCCCGGCGAGUACCUCCGCAAUUCCCUCUGGCACACCGGAGACACCACAGACCAGGUCAAACUGCUGUGGAAGGACCCUCGCAAUUCCGGCUGGAAGGACAAGACAUCUUACCGCUGGUUCCUGCAACAUCGGCCUCAAGUGGGCUACAUCAGAGCUCGCUUCUAUGAAGGCCCUGAAGUAGUGGCAGACACUGGAGUUGUCCUUGAUACAACCAUGCGAGGAGGGCGCCUGGGAGUCUUCUGCUUCUCGCAGGAGAACAUUAUUUGGUCAAACCUGCGUUAUCGCUGCAACGACACCAUUCCAGAAGACUAUGAAACCUUUAGAGUGCAGCAAGACUAACCUCCGAUGUAAACGUCUGUCCGGCCAAACUCGCUUUAAGACCCCGUGCUCCGCUGCCCCGUAUCGCUCUGGUAUAAAGAAUAAGGAACUGUACGUACCGUACCACUGCACUCCGCACAGCGCCGCGUGGCAACGCAUUACCCGGCCUCUUUUCUACAACGCCAACUUUCUUUCAACGCUGCAAAAACCUCUGGGAAGGGCGGAGGUGUGGACAGCGAGUGCGAACAGAAGCCCGUGCCGCUGUAAACACUAGUUUUCUGCGCUACAAGGAGAAAGAUGCGCUGAGGAGCUGCCUGCAGCAGCUGCAGUCGUUCCAGUCAGUUUAGCGUGGACGAUUCCCAGGAAUCUCUUCCCUACUCGAAGGCUCUCAAGCGUGAAGGGUGUUCUCCUUUGCAAGGCCUACUGCAAAGCGAAGGCAGCACUGGCCGAAAGGGACACGGAGAGCAGCCUAUCUACAAGUUGCUCACAAAACAUUAAAAAAAAAAAAAAAAGCUCUUUAAGGAGGGUAUCUUUGUUCCGGAUUGUUGGAUAAUAAAUACUUUGGAAUGUUGGAUAAUAAAUACUA